ACGUGUGUAUACCGAAUAUUUUCCAUGAACUAAUGGCAACUGGAAUUAUCAUUAGGGCUUAGAAACUGUUUGCACACCUGGAAUAAUUAAAAACCAUAUCUCCAAUCAUUAUUGCUUUCUUAACAAGAGAUAAUGAAGCGAUUCAAUUCACUUUUCUCACAAGAGUGUUGGCAGCUAAGCUUGCGGCAACUUCACACGCUCUGGUGUUAAAAGCAUUUAGGAGAGAAACAUGGUUAAUAGAAAACUUGCAUUUCUGGCGUUUUUGUUGCACACCUUUUCAGUUUUCCACUGCAACUGUAAGUGUUUCUUAUAAGAAUUUGUCUCGACUUUUUUAGCCUGCGUGGCUCAGUCAAUCUUAAGAGUAGUAUACUAUGUUGUUUUUACUCCCGGAGUAGUCAGUCGAUAAAAAUCGGUACCGAUUUAUCAAUCGAUAAAUCAACGAUUGUAUCGAUUAGUCGGUAGAAAUCGAUGACACACUCUUUUCGUUUAUCGAUUUAUCUUGAUUUUUACCGAUUUCAUCGAUUUAUAUCGGAAGAUAUAUCUGUUCAUCUGUUUAUUAAAAAACUGAAAACUUAUUUCAUGCAAACAGUAAACUUGUUCCGAUAAAGUCGGUGUAGUUCCGGGUGUAGUCAAAUACAGGAGUAGCCAAUAGAUAAAAAUCGAAAUCUAUUGAUAACGGAAACGGUAAAAAUCUAUCCAGGGAAAUGUUUGAAUGAACUUCAAAGUAAAUUUGUUGACAACUGAGUUGCAGUUGAGAGUGGAAGGAUCAAACAGUUAUCACUUUUUAAUAAAUUCUUUUUAAAAAAAGUCAGAAAAAUCUUAUCUUUUCUUCAAAACCAGGUUUAAAAUCUUCUUCUGGUUUGUAGGCGCCCAGUUUUUCACGACUUAGGCCUGCCGACCUUUCCGAUAAAGUCGGUGUAGUUCCGGGUGUAGUCAAAUACCUGAGUAGCCAAUAGAUAAAAAUCGAAAUCGAUUGAUAACGGAAAUGGUAAAAAUCUAUCCAGGGAAAUCUUUGAAUGAAUUUCAGACAUCAAGCUAGGAAAUAUUUUACUAAGGUUGUAUUUCUCGUGAUACUUGCCUGCGAGACCUGAAUGUUAAUGAAUGUAAUUAUAAUUUCGAACCGUUUUUGUUGUUAUGUACCAAACGAAGAGUUUUAGAGAGAAACUUGUGUGUGUGAUGGUUUCCACAUUUCUCAUUUUCAUGUUUGUUGCUGAGUAGUUGAUAUUCGUGGAUGUGUUUUCUCAGCUGUACUAUCUAACUCAUGCCAAAAAACAACAAUGGCGGACUUCCGUUAUAAAUCGAUAAAAUCAUGAAAAAUCGAUAAUAUGGAUUUGACACAGCAAUUUAGUUUAUCGAUUUUCACCGAUUUCCGUUAUCAAUCGAUAAAAAUCACUUGAUUGCUACCGAGUUUUUAUCGAUACCGAUUUUUACCGAUCUAAUUAGACUAGAACCGUUGUAACAUGUAUAGAAAACCGAAGGCCAACGACAAUGACAACAACUCAGAAGCAUACGUCAUAUUACAACUGCGAAACUAACUAAGCAUAAUAUAACGAUACCUUGAUACAGCGGGCGCAACACCCGACCCCAGUUCUCCGAACCGUGCAGGCAACAUUUUUCUUUAAUAAUAAUAACAAAGAUGUUUAAUCGACACAUUCUCGCAUUAAAAAUGAAUUACAAUGUGUUUACAAGGUUCGGAAAAUUACAAAAACCUAGUUGGGCCUGGGUUUACAAAAUAAUUAAAAAUAGUAAAACCUACAAGAGUUGCAUAAAUUGCAAUCAUAGCUACUAAAAAAUGUUAUACUAAGAAUUUAAAUUUUUAAAAUUUAAACAUUUAACAGUUAAUUUUUGAAGGAUGUUGCGUUUGCCAUUAGGACAGUACUAGGGAAAAAGCUUGGCCUAAAACGCUCGGUUUUACAUUUAAAAGACGUCUAAGAGUUGGGGUUUCUAAGGGAGUAGUCAUGGGCAAUAGACCUUACCUUACCUUUAUGUCAAUCCUGAUUAACACAAAUUACAUUAUCACUCUUCUCUUGGCGAUUUCGUGGGAGCCACGCGGGAUGCAAAUUCGUAAACCCUUUUCAUUUUAUUUCUAGCUAUUUCAUGUCCUGUGCUUUCCGUGUCUAACGCCGAUCCUCCGACUGGUAUUUGCUCCAAUGCUGAUUUAAGCUACCAGACCUACUGUUCCUUCAAAUGCCUUGCUGGGUACCAGCUGAAAGGCUCUGAGGUGCGUGUCUGUCAACACGACAAGACAUGGUCUGGAACUCCAUCGACCUGUGAAGGUAAUCGACGUAUAUAAAUCAUAUGAUCGUUUGAGGUUUUUGCUAAAAUUAGAGGGAUUUUCGUAUGACCUUGAAAUGAAAACGAGAGAACAAAACAGAAACAACAAACGAUCGAAAGUAGAGCGAUUUGGUUGGUUUAUCGAACGGAUAAAAACGCGCUUGGCCUUUUGUUGGUUAAGCGAACGCUCGGGUCAGAAAAACCUCAUGCCCGAGAACUUCUAGAAAUCAACAGAUACUUCGCUUUAACGUCAUACUGCAACCCGAUUGGCUAAUCUACCAAUGCCUCCUCCAUAUUAGGACUUUCUUUGGCGGGAAAACGAAGAAGCCAUAUUUUGAUUUUUCAUCCAUUGGCUGAUAAACUAAAAACAGAUAACGAACAAUUUCCGAAACCAUUUUUCAAGGUUAUACGAAAAUCGCUCUAUCCAGAGAAAAGCAUACAUUCAUUGGAUAACAAAAUUGGAUAGUACUAUUCAAAUCAGUUAUCCGCGCUUGAAAUUUAAAAGCACAAAUUUCGUCUUUUUUUUAGUUGAUUAUAUAAUCAAUUUUUUCGCUUUUUCAGUAAGAAAUGCUAGAAAUAGUGGAAGGCCAACCUGUUUUACAAAUAGGUCCCCCUUGUAAAUAUGAAAAAAAGGGCUUGAUAUCAAUGGAUUUAAAACUUCCAGCCGGUGCUUCAAACUAAAAAUGAACAUGGACAAUUAAAACUUUGUAAAAAAAGAAAUUUCAUGCAAUAAACGCUGGCACAAGUUUGAUUCAAACAAGGAAAGGUAAGCAAACAGAACUUCACUUCAAAGAACACAGGGCAAUGACAUGCACCACUAAUUAGUCAAUUUCAAUAAAAGACUUCAUUUUUUUAUGAAAUCAGGAUCAUGAUUAUUUUAGUUCAUGUGACCAUCCGUUAACUUUGAGCAAGUAUAGACUGUGAGGCAGUUUAUCUUUUUCUUCAGAUUUAGGGAAGGUAGUGCACGCGCGUGCGAGUGUUAAGCGGCAAAGCAGCGAGAUGCUAGAAACUAAAGAAGGAAGCCCGAGAAGUCAGUCACGCGCGUGUUUAUUUUCCAAUCUGGCGCGUUUCCCUCAAAUGACUGAGAAAAACAGGUCAAAGUAGGUACUGAUUGUCGUCUACUCUGAGCAAUGCUGUUAAUUGUUUUUAGAAUCUAGGCUGUCAACUUACACUGGUCAAGUAGAGAAUUUAGGACUCAGUAUCCAUUUUAGCCACAUACUUUGUCCUUUGUUUGCAGAAACGCCUUUUUUUGCAACUAAAUAUAUUUACGAAUUAAAUUUGUCUAAUUUAUAGAUUAUCAGCCCCCAACGAUAACGUGUCCUGACAUAACAGGUCAUACAACCAAAGGAAAAGCGACAGGAAGGGUAUCAUGGAAUAUCCAGGUGACAGACAAUUCUGCAAAUGUGGAUCCGAAUGCGAAGAUAAAUUUAGCCUCAUCUCAAGAAUUUCCUAUUGGUGUGAAUCUCGUUGAGGUUGCUGCUAGUGACAACAAUGGAAAUACAGCAAUAUGCAGAUUUAGCGUUAUAAUUGCAGGUUAAUAGAUAAAAAGUGAAAAACUUCAGGCCUCUUCCACUCAUAUCAGGAGAUUUUUUGAAAAUGGAGAUUUUUUUCCUCCAAUUUCGAAAGAGCUUCUCUUAUAGGGCAUGCUUUGUGUGACUUAUGACAUCAUCGUAUUUUCGUCCGUACACACGAAAACGAUAAGCCGGCGUUUUCAAAAAACUCUAUUCUUCUGGUGCCUGAAAGAGCCAUUUGGUCGGUAGGCCAAAACUGAGGAAAAAAAUACUGAUAAUAAAAAAUAUCCGGAUACGUGGGCCUGAGACUCUUCGGCUAGUGAUUUCAAGCUUCUCUUGUGUUCUCCCAAACAUGAAUAUAUUAUUCAGGGUAGGACCUUACUAAGUUAAAUUGCUAAACUAAAAACCAUACAAUAUUCAUUAGUCAACUGAGGGACGACCGGUCAUUAUUUAUCGCCGGUGGGCGGGUGGGGGAGGAUUUUUGUUGCGACAACUGAGCACUUACGUUAUCCGCCCUCAAAGAAUACAGUGUGUCUUGAUCCCCCCACCUUGGCGGUGGAAGAUUUCAUUAUCCUCCACCUCUUCUAAAAGCCAGUGUUACUAUGUAUGUAUACUGGUAGCAUGCAUGCAAGUGACGUAUAUAGAGGAUAUUACACGGUGGCGAGAAGAUAUGAAUUUUAUGUUCGAGUGGCAAGAACAAUAUCAAUUGUUCAAAAAGCAUUUGAUUACUGCCGCCUUGAUGUGCCUCAGUAGUAAAGGGGGUAGCUCUGAGGGUGUGAUCCCAUUGAAUUCUCGAGGCUUCGCCGCUUAUUUGCCAUCUCGCCAAUGAGGCUAUGAGAGGAACUUGUGAGCGAAAUUCUAUAAAGUUCUUAGAUUCGUCGGACGAAUCGUCUUCAUCCUAAUCCGAAAUUUAGACCUCCAAAAAAGCGUGUGGUGCAUUAAACUGAAGGAAAUCAAUCUUUAAACAGACUCUGCGAAGAUGAACAAACAUGCUCUAUGGAUCACGUAACGCUCUCUGGGUUACUGGGUUAAUAAUUGAUAUUGUUCAUUUUCUUUAAGGAAAAAUCUACUUAUUUUAUAAACUGGGCGUGCCUUGAGGCAGCCCAGUUAAUAGCAUACUUCUCAUCAACAUUGUAUUUUGAGCAGAAGCUCUUGAUGGUAUCUCCAUCGUCCACCUUUGAGCUAGUCUGCUACACAGCCGUUUUUAGUGUCGUCACGCAACGCUCCUUCCCAGGAGGAGCAUUGCGUGACGACACUAAAAACGGCUGUGUAGCAGACUACCUUUGAGCGUCAACUGGUUCUAUUGUACUGAUCGUUAAUGCUUGGAAUAACUUGCCUAAACUGUUAUACACGCAGGAUUGCUGACUUUAUUUCGCAACAGAUUAAGGAUUUAUAUGAAUAUUGCUUAAUACGUUUGUAAAUAGUUUCAAUUAUGAUAUGCAAAUGAUAUUUUUUACUGUUAGUAGUUUUUAUGCACCUAAAAAGGGUUGGCAGGGAGAAUAAAGAUAGACUACUCGUAGUCUACUGUUCGCCUAAAGUACUUACUAUUUACUAAGUGCGUGAUCUUGUGAGUAGCGAGCCGGCGUUUUGAACAAAAACGAAGCAAUUGGCAACUUCUUUAUGAUAAAAAGGUUUGUAAUGUUUAACGGGACGAGGAAGAAGUAGUUAAACACUAAUAUACACUGUUCCAUAAAAUGCUAUAGCAGCCUUACUAAACAGAAUGAAAAUUCCCAUCGGUCCACGCGCACUUCCUUUUUUUCUUUUCCCCAACCCCCGCGAGCAUUUUUCUUUUAUUUUUCUCUUCUUUCCAACCUUCCUACAACACAAAAAGGCCUCUGUGGGGAAGAGAAUAGUAUGCGCGUACCCUUUGUCUCCUACGAUAAAAUCUUGACCUUUUCUUUUUACAAUGUCAUUUUACUUUAGAUAUUGAAGCACCUAUCGUCGAGCAGUGUCCAGGAGAUAUUGUCCGAGAAGAGGGAGACAGAGAAGUGAGAGUACACUGGACGAAUCCAGUUUUCUCCGACAAUUCGGGAAGUGUCGCGGUCGUCUCAAACAGACAAAGCGGAGCUUUAUUUAUUGUUCCCAGCACCUCUGUAAUUGAGUAUACUGCAUACGACCACUCAUAUAAUCAGAACAAAAAUUGUUCAUUCACGAUAACGCUGAAAAGUAAGUUUUACUCAUACGUUACCAAAUUUUCAGCACUGUUUCACGAACUGCAAAUAAUCAUAUACAAACUUUUAGUUGCCAGUCAGUUUCACUUUUCUAUCUGAGUAGUUUUAGUACAAUAACUUUCGUGGGAUUGAGACUAUUUUGAAAACAAGUAAUAGCACAUUUGAUAUUUUUAACACAACACAUGUUAUCAAAAAGGCAGUUCUUCUGCUAAGACCAGUUAAAUGAAUAUGGCGAUAAUAAUGUAAGUGUAAAAAAUAGGUAACAAGAGCCUUAGAAAUAUAAAUACAUUUAUUAAACCAUGUAAAGAUAUCAACAAGAAAACUAAGGAACAAUGCAUAUCUUAAACAAAGGCUGGAAUUGAAGUGCUGUAAUAGGCCAUUUUACAGUUAUGGAUGGAAGCGAGGCUGAGGGUGACCUUUCUUUGAUACAAACCUUCCUGCUUUAUCAUGUAAAUCAAUUUAUUCUUAUGCUUACUAAUAUUUUUCAAGAACAAUUUCCAUAACAAAGCAAAGAAGGUUUGUAUCAAAACAAAGUCACCCUCAUCCUCGCUUCCAUCCAUAACUGUAAAAUGGCCUAUUGUUAAGUUGACCUACCUUUUCAAUAUUUUAAACCCUUAAGCUAAACAAUCAAGGGAAACAAGUUUUGUUGUGUUUUCUUGCAGAAAAAAAGUGUCCUUUAUACCCACCUCCUAAAAACGGAGCCCUAGCGUGCGUUAGUAAAGGUGGUGAUAAUACUUGUGCGGUCAUGUGUCAGACUGGUACUGACUUUGAGUUUAACGUCCCAUUACUGUACUUCUGUUCAUCUGGACAGUGGAGUUUCUAUGCGCUCUCCGGCGUGCCUUAUGAUUCGACUUUACCCUGGCCAAACUGUACUGGUAAGAGCUCUUAAUAAUUAUUUUUUCCAGUCCUCUUGAGUAGCCUGUCCCAGCCAGACUCUCGGUUAGUGAAGACGAGCGAAAAGAGCGACUAGCGGUAACUAAAAAAGGGAGCGAACGAGCGACCGAGCCCAAAAAAAUCCCCUUCUUUCCCAGGCCCCCACGUUGCUUAGCGCCAUUUUCGAUCCGCUUCCCCCACUGUCUUGGAACCUGGAACAGACCACCCAGCCUCGAGAGCUAAGGAUUUUUUUAUAACGCUUUUAGAAUUACCAAUUUAUGCACUAAAGCACUCGUACCAUUAAACUGGGGUGUCCCAUUUUGGUCUUACACACAGGUCUAUUUUUCGUUUUGAAAAAGAGAUCAAGAUAUGUACGAUCUGUUAAGUCAUACUACAAAUCAAGACUCUUGAAGUUUCAAGAGCAACAAUUAAACCAUGGAUAAUAGAAGUAAAGUAAAGUAAAGUAGAGUAAAACUUUAUUUACACAAGGUAGCCCAUUCAGCUCGGGGCCCUGUAUCUUUAAAAAUUAAUUUACAUCAAGAAUUUUCACGAAUUAUUACACUUAAAAAGCCUAAUAAAAAUACAGUAAUAGAAUUUAACAACUGCAUUAAAAAGCCUAAAAAGGCAGUGCAAAGUCACAUUUAAAGCCUAAAAUAUAAUAAAAUAUCAAAGUUACGAUAGAAAGAAAUGUCUUGCCCGGCGGCAGAACGUUUGAAUGUUUUCACUCUUCACAAUUUCAUGUUUAAAGGGAGUUUGUUAAAAGUUUUUGGGCCAGUAAAAAGAAAGAUCCUUUUCCCAAAAUUCUGUUUAACGUUUCGUAGGGAUAACUUCAUACUUUGCCUUGUGGAAUAAUUGUGAAUGUUCCAAAACCUAGUAAAAUAUAAUGAAAAAUAACUAGGAACUAAUUAGUGAAGACAGAGAAAAACGAGUCUAGCCUUGUGGUAAGAGCGUCUGCUGGAAAGAGUCGGCCAGUGCAGCUUUUCUGCUGCUUCAGAUGAGCGAAAGAAUGGGUCUUUCUAUUAUCCAUAAACAAACCAAAGGAGAUUUACAAUUCUGGAAAAAUUUGUACUUUUCACUACUUUUGCUCAAACACAAAUUGUUUAAAGAACGACGCGAAAUCGAAACGUAACUUUUAAAAUGUGACAAGUAACAUGACUAACAUGACCGACAGAAAUUUCAUACCCACAGUUUUUGUAUAUAUUGUGUCUGGGUGAUCCCGAAGAAGCACUCGUCCUCUUUUAAUUCUUUUUCUUUGUUUGUUUGUUUGUUUUUUUAAAAUAUGCUUCAUCUUCGUCAAUGCGUUCAUCAUUUUCGCAGUUCAUUCAUUUCUUUGUUUGGGUUUGUGCCACUAAAAUCAGUAUAUGUAAAGCAAGCUAGAAGUUUUUUCCGUUUAAGACAAUAACAGAUAACUAUAAGGUCUUUUUAAGUUACAGUUAUAUCAAGAUCCGGAAUAACCAUGUGAGAAAGUCAGAUGCCAUUGUUUUAAAUUUCUUUUGAAAUGGGACUUAAUUUUUUUUCAUUUCCAUUUUCUUUUUCUUUUUUUUAAUGCAGCUGGGGUGAAUCCAUCGUCAUCGAUAAAGUCGUGGAACCAGAAAUAUCACUACUUUGAUGGAGAUGCGCAUGAUCUUAACGUCCAAGCCUCCAUUAAAGACAAAUUCUACCAAUUGUUGACGUCGCCCUAUGUUCCUCCUUUCUUUUGCCAGUUUGACCCCGAAUGCUUGCAGAAUAUCUUCGUUUCUCCUGGG